AUGUUUGAGCCAGCGGGUCUUCGACACUUGCGGUCGCUGCGACGCGAGGAGGCUAGUCGACAAAAAACCAAAGCGCCUUGGGGCGGAGAAGUAGAAUACAGUACAGCGAACACGAACAAGACAUCAAUACUAGCUGGAGACUGGAGCCACAUCGUCAAUCAUGAUAGGGAUUCUUCUAUUUCUUCCACGAUCGCAUCAGCAUCUUCUGGAGGUAUAAUCAGCAGUCGUGGGGUUUUCGUCGCAACUGGUUCCGAUUUUUCGUCCCUUGAGAUCGUCGCUCCUGAUGAAAUUUGCGCCUCUUCAGUAGACAUUGUAGACCACCCGCAAUCCUCCUACUCCUACAAUGUGUGCUCGGGUAGAGGCGCGCGGACUCAUCGAGCAGGAGCUACUUCGACUAGUGGUAACUUUUUUUCUCGUCGUGAUAGAAGUACAACUAGCACGACAGUAGCUGAUCCUGAUACUGUAGUCACGGACUUGGUGGAGCCGAGUAAUCUUAGCCAUGAAGAUGACGAGGCGAUAGCGGAGGACGGCUUUGCUUCCUUGCGGCCUUGUUUCGGCGUUCAGUGGCGUGUGUCGGGUGAUAGUGAGUCCGAAACGGAGGAGACAAGUGUAGAAAGCGAGGACAACAUUCCAGGGCCAUUUGUGGGUGGACCCGUGGGAAAUGUAAAUGAGCCACUGGAUACGAUUGCCCCGUUGUUGGGAAACUCAUCUCUACUUGGGAGUGGUAGAGUGCAUGUGGGCGGGUCAAGUAGUAGCACUAAUUCAUCUGAUUCUCAAUCGGCAGAAGUAUUGAAGAACUUCGACAACAGUCUAGCUCUAGAACAGGAAACAACUGAUGCUAAAGAGCAGCAUGAAACUACAGCAAAAACUAGUGCUACAUUUGGCUCUGGCUCAACUGGCGCGUCGGCGUCAUGUUCCGAGAGCGACCACGAAGCAAGCUCGGCUGCAAGCACGACCACGAGUCGACGACCGGCAUCCGCAAGCAUCUUUCGGAAAGUGUCGACGUCAAAAGUCCAACAGCUUUUGGAAAUGGACUAUCCCGAUGAGUCGGAACUUAGAGCUAUUAUGGUGGACAUUCAAGAUGAAGGUAAGAGACUUUGAUGUUCGAGAUGGAGUAUGUAUUUCUCUAGUUCCGCGUGAGGUUACAACUUGUUAUUCAUAAUACGCGUUAUGACCAUGAAGAUGAGGUUGAGGACUGCUUAACUCUAAGAAAAUCGUAACCGGAACCACUUUGGGCUUGCCUUCACGAACCGCGCAAGAUAUUGUGCGAGAAGCCGAAGAGGCAAUCACUAGUGCGAGGCUUUUUCGCGAGGCACGACGUCUAGGUGGGACAUUGACGAGUAGUUCUCCGACAGAUGCUAUUGAAGAAGACGAAGAGGAGCAAGAAGACUUGGCCGCACUGUUGCGACGGGCCGACGAAGCAGUCGAGACUUCGAAAAUUGAAGAAGCACUAGUUGCGACGCGUGCUUGUUCUAGCAAAGUUGGGGGAACUACGAGUACUUCUAGUGGAUCACGGACGAUGAGACCAAAAGAGGAGGGUUCGUCCAGUACGACACCAGAAGCAGAGGGUCCCAGUGCAGCAUCUACCGCUAGCAGAAUCUCACCUGAGACGGAUAACAAAGGUGUUAAAGCAGGUGUGGAUCAUACAGGAGUAGUUGUAAAGCUGCUUGACCAGCAUGAAGAUGAUCAUAAUUAUGGUGGAGAUCAUGAUGGAAUUGUAAGCGAACUAGCUGCUAGCGAGCGAGCGCUGAAGCAAGCGCGGGCAGGGGUCACCGAAGUUGCUUCAUCUUCGCUGAAUGAUGCUCGAUGGAAAGAGUUAUUGAGCAGCAGAAGAGGGACUGAGUCUGAGAGAGCCGAUGAUAAUGAGGUCGAGAGUGAUGGCCCAACCAGCAUGAAGAUGAAGUCAAUGACAUUACUGAAGGAAAAUAAUCCUGCUGACAGAUUGCACAAGUUUUUAGACGACAUCGAUGACUUCAUGAUGGCCCAUGAUGGUGCGGAUGACGACUAAGAAUUUCAUGGGCAACUGGAUUCUCUUAAGUCGGCUGAAAGCAUCGGGUAAGCGUGC